AUGCCAAAAGAAAAAUAUGAUCCUCCAGAUCCUCGCAGAAUUUACACCAUCAUGUCAGCAGAAGAGGUAGCCAACGGGAAGAAGUCGCACUGGGCUGAAUUGGAGAUCUCGGGCAGAGUGCGGAGCCUGAGCACAUCGCUGUGGUCGCUGACGCACCUGACGGCUCUGCACCUCAAUGACAACAACCUGACUCGCAUUCCACCCGAUAUCGCCAAGCUCCAGAACCUGGUUUACCUGGAUCUCUCAUCCAACAAGCUCAGAAGUUUACCAGCAGAACUAGGAAACAUGGUAUCUCUCAGGGAAUUGCUUUUAAAUAACAAUCUGUUACGGGUUUUGCCUUACGAGCUUGGACGUCUCUUCCAGCUGCAGACCCUGGGUUUGAAAGGCAAUCCUUUAUCCCAAGAUAUUCUCAGCCUCUACCAGGAUCCAGACGGAACCCGAAAGCUACUGAACUACAUGCUUGACAAUCUAGCAGGUGACAGCCCUACAUAUGCACAGAGGGUUCAUCCAGAGCAGCUGCCUCCAAGGCCAUGGAUUACUUUAAAAGAACGAGACCAAAUCCUGCCCUCAGCUUCAUUUACAGUGAUGUGUUACAAUGUGUUGUGUGAUAAAUAUGCCACUCGGCAGCUCUACGGCUACUGCCCAUCGUGGGCACUCAACUGGGAGUACAGGAAAAAGGGAAUCAUGGAAGAAAUUGCUAACUGUGAUGCAGAUAUCAUUAGCCUUCAGGAGGUGGAAACGGAGCAAUACUUCACCCUUUUUCUGCCAGCCCUGAAAGAACGAGGCUAUGAUGGAUUCUUCUCUCCAAAGUCACGUGCCAAAAUCAUGUCCGAGCAGGAGAAGAAGCACGUGGAUGGCUGCGCCAUAUUCUUCAAAACUGAGAAGUUUACCCUGGUGCAGAAGCACACGGUGGAGUUCAACCAGGUGGCCAUGGCCAACUCGGAAGGUUCGGAGGCCAUGUUGAACAGGGUGAUGACCAAGGACAACAUUGGAGUUGCUGUGGUGUUGGAGGUGCACAAGGAGCUGUUUGGAGCAAUUGUACCUGUUUUUGCAGGUAUGAAAUCGCUCCACGUGGACAAACAGCUGCUCAUCGUGGCCAAUGCCCACAUGCACUGGGACCCCGAGUACUCAGAUGUGAAACUCAUCCAGACCAUGAUGUUUGUCUCAGAACUGAAAAACAUCCUGGAGAAAGCCUCGAGCAGGCCCAGCAGCCCAACAGCAGAUCCCAACUCUAUCCCUCUGGUGCUGUGUGCGGAUCUCAACUCACUGCCUGAUUCGGGUGUAGUGGAAUACCUAAGCAAUGGCAUAGUAGCUGACAACCACAAGGACUUCAAGGAGCUGCGUUACAACGAGUGUCUGAUGAACUUCAGCGGCAACGGCAAGAACGGAGCGUCCGAGGGCAGAAUCACCCACGGCUUCCAGCUCAAGAGCGCCUACGAGAACAACCUGAUGCCUUACACCAAUUACACCUUCGAUUUCAAAGGUGUGAUUGACUACAUUUUCUACUCCAACACUCACAUGAACGUGCUCGGUGUCCUGGGGCCUUUGGACCCUCAGUGGCUGGUGGACAACAACAUCACUGGGUGCCCUCACCCCCACAUCCCCUCUGACCACUUCUCACUGUUAACACAGCUCGAGCUGCACCCUCCUCUGCUGCCCCUGGUCAACGGGGUGCACCUGCCCAGCCGCAGGUAG